UUCCGCACAAAACUCGACCAAUGAACAAAAACAUGAACAAGAAUCACUACAUCUUGAAGACGUACUGCGAUAAAAUCUUUUUGGUCGGCUCCGGAAACUUUUGGUAUCAAAAAACGGAAUCUAGAAAUGACAAAACACUGCUUUACAAAAUUUAUAGCUGCGUUUUGUUUUUUACGUAUGGCUUCAUGACGGUGCUGGAGAUCAUGGCGGCGACGAUGGGCGAUUUCCCGGAUGACGAAAAACGGGACUCCGUGACGUUUGCCUCAAGCCACACCCUUAUUAUGAUUAAAUUUAUUUCCAUAAUAAAAAACAAAGAGCUAUUGAAAACGCUGAAUCGUAAGAUGAUGAUGAUUUGCGAGGCUCACGAGGAACAAACGCUGAUGGACGAGAUGUAUCGGAUUGUGAAAAUAAAUGUUGUCGCUUAUUGUGUCGCGGUUUAUGGUUCAGUCACGUUUUUCGUGUUUGAAGGUUUGAGGAAAUUUUAUGACGGUUCUCACUUCGUCACAAUAGUCACAUAUUACCCAUCUAAGGAUGACGAUACAAUGCUGGCAAGUAUUUUCCGAAUUGCCACCACACUAGUCUUACUGGUGAUGAUGCUGUCUAUGAUUAUAUCAGUUGAUACGUACACAAUGGCGUAUUUAAUAAUGUACAAAUAUAAAUUCAUAACGUUGAGGCACUAUUUCAAAAGAUUAAGGGAGAAUGUAGAUGAGCUUGUAGCGGCUGGGAAGGCGAGAUUGGCUGCUGAGAAAUUGGCUCAAGGACUUGUCGAGGGUAUCAAGAUGCAUAAUGAAUUGUUAAGUUUAUCAAAAGACAUCCACAAAGCUUUCGGGACAGUAAUGGCGUUACAGCUCUGUCAGAGUUCGGGCUCGGCGGUCUCGCUACUACUUCAAAUUGCCCUUUCAGAUCAACUGACAUUUACUAUGGGCAUGAAGAUAUUUUUCUUUUUAGCAGCUAUGUAUUUGUUACUUGCAUUAUUUCUGUGCAAUGCAGGCGAAAUUACCUAUCAGGCAUCGUUGCUAUCAGAUGAGAUAUUCUACUGUGGUUGGCACAAGUGCAAUUCGCCAGUUUUAUCGACUCAAAGGAAUAUCAGAGAUAUCGUCUUGAUUGCAAUCCUGCGAGCCCAAAGCCCACUGGUUAUGAAAGCCUUUAAAAUGGUAGAAUUAACUUACGCCACGUUUAUAUUGGUGGUGAGGAGUACGUAUUCGGUGUUCGCUUUGUUUUACGCGCAGAAUAAGUAGCUCGAUUCAUUUUUGUUAUUAAAGAAUUAUGAGAUGU